AUGGAUAAUGUACUAUCACUACAGGAAGCAGUUAGUAGUGCGAAAAAUUUCAAAAAUUUUGAAGAAGUUCUUAUGACAAUUCAUUUUCAUCCUGAAUGGUUAACAAUGAUUCCAGACGAUCGACGAUGGGCGAUUCUUCAUCAUAUUGUUUUUUCGGAUAAUGUUAAUCAUCUUGAUCGAGUACUUGCAACACAAAAAUCAAAUAAGAAUUUUCGUUUAUUGAGUAAAACAGCUGACAAUGACACUGUACUUGAUAUUGCUAAAUCACGUGAUGAUUUAUUUGAUAUGUUAAAACGUAUUGAACGAUUAGUUAAACUUGAUGAAUUGCUUAAUGAUGCUGAAAAAGGUAAUUGGAAUAAAUGCUAUGAAAUUGUUAAAGAAGAUCCAAUGCUUGCUAAUGAAAAACCACCUUAUCGACAAUUUUAUUUGAUUCAUUAUCUAGCUUAUGCUGAUGAAAUCGAGCAAUUUAAAAAAUUUCAAGAGAUCAAUAUGUUUCAAUUUGAUCUAACUUUACGAGUUGAUCGUAAGAAAACCAAUGAUAUUGCUCGAGAAGGUAAAGGUGAAAGAUUUGCUCAAUAUAUUGAAAAACAGUAUCCAACAUUGUUUAAUGCUGAUAAUACCGAUGAUAAAUUAUAUGAACCAUCAGAACAAGCCAAAAAACAUACGAAUAAUAUAAAUAGUCUUAUAGAACAACGUCAUACAUAUGCUGAACCGGAUUUUUCUUUUGGUCCAGCAAAAAAUCUUCUAACUCGAAAAGAAGCCGAUAAAAAAGUCAAACCAAAACCUAAACCACCACCACCAACAACAACAACUGAUGCAAAUAAGCCUCUCCAACAACCUAUGGAGGCUGUGCUUAGUUUUCUUACUUGUUCUCUUACACAUGCUAUCGUUAACGAUCCUGGUAAGUAA